UUGGGUUCCUUUGCAUGUCCUUGCCGCGGUCUUCUCUGCGUGACUCUACGGGAACUGGCUUGGUGUCGGCCGCACGUAAAAAGUCAGACGCAAAAGUCGAGGGACAGCGGAAAGAAGAAGUGACCCAGGCCACAGCCCUGUGACUCAGAGAUAACAGGCUCCUCACAUGACGAGAUAAAUCUAACCGAAAAAGUACCCUCCAACGUGGACUCUCCCUCGCUUUGAUGUUUGUAUCAUCAACGCUCCUCAAGGAGCACUAUUUGUCUUAUCUGGAAAAGAACAGGGGAUGGAGGCGUCCGGACACGCGCCCGGUGACUCUAUUUAGUGUCCAAACAACUUGGAUAUGCGUGAGGGUGAUAAGAGGCAGGUGUUUGUGGGUCUCCACAUGGGGCUGUUUGUGUGUGUGUGUGUGUGUGGCCACUAAACGAAGACGUCCCCUCACCUCAGAGCCCAUUGUCACUGUAAUCUCCUCUCUAUCACCACAACAAUAUGCUCGCUGUUUGGGGACAACAGUGGAGGAGCGGGCUCGGCACACUCCUCCACGUUGGGGCCUUUUCACCGGAUCUCAGCUGGUGCAAACACAGGCACACUCCUGCCACUGACAACACACACACACACAAACACGUACGCAGAAACUGGCCUGAGGGCUGGAGCGUGUCGCGGGGGCGUCCGAGCCCGAAUGUAUUAUUUAGGACAUGACACCAGACGCACAGUAGAUGUAUUGUGAUGAGCGACACGGGGCGGCGGUCUCCGGAGACCUGGCUGGCGGCAGCUGGACGCCAGGACGAGGAAAUGUGGGGCGGCCAGAAGGGAGGGAGGAGAAGAGGGGGACAACAAGAAGAAGAAGAAGAAGAAGAAGAGACGCGAGGGGAAAAUAUGGUUUUUCACAUCUGAGAGUUUCCCUCCUUGUUCAUUUGAAUUAUUUAAAAUGUGGCUUUCAUCUUAUCGUCGUUUCUUUAACGCUGAAACUGAGGAAGCGAAUAUAGAGAGAUCAACUCUGAAUUGAUUCACAUCCCCUCACUGGUCCAUCAUGGCGUCGAAGGGGAGCCUCUGCUGCUGUCUGUGGAGACUCGCUUCCCCCUGGACAAAGCCGAGAUCCAGGGAACUUGGUCUCACACCAAGCCAAGUGGCACCAGGACCACGCUGGUGACGUUCACCAAAGAAACCGCCAUCACCGACAUGAUGCGCCGCAACCACCUCCACUUCAGAGAACCCAACGUUUCUUUGAGAAUCCAGAAACUGACCCACGACGAUGAGGGGGAUUAUGACCUGAGCCUCAACAUUAAGUUUCUCAACAAAACAGGACUGGUCAUCAAGGAGGAGAGAACAGUUCAUGUAACGGUUGACGUGCCUGUGUCCACUCCGGUUAUUAAGAAGAGCCCGUCCAAUGCCGUUGUCGAGGACAAGGCGAACGUAACUUGGACUUGUUCUGUUGAGAGAGGAACAAGAGUUGUAUUCCAGUGGCUUAGGGACAACGUUGCGCUGGCUCACAGUGACAGAUACCACUUCUCCAAAGACAACUCCACACUGCUAAUCAGCCCGGUGAGAAAGGAGGACAAGGGAAACUAUCACUGCGUGGCCAGCAACCCUGUCAGCCAGGGCCAGCACAGCAGGACUGUGGAACUCAAUGUCUACUAUGGCCCCUACAACCUGGAGGUGAACUCUGUCCAGGGCUUGAGGACAGGGGAGGUGUUCACCAUCAACCCCGGAGAGCUGGUCUACUUUGAAUGCCAGGCUGACUCCAACCCGCCGAACAGCUACGUCUGGAUCUCCAAGAGCCGCAACACCACCGAGGUCAUCACGGAGGGCCCGCGGCUGGAGGUGCGCUCCUACAGACUGGCCCAGGCCGAAGAGUACCUGUGCCGCGCCUUCAACAACGUGACGCAGAAGCAGGACGAGGCCCAGUUCACUCUGGUGGUGGCCAGCUUAGGAACAGGGAAAGAGAAGCACACCCAGGACGGUAGCCCUGUAUCUCCUCUGGCAGCCAUUAUUGUCUGCUCUCUGUUUGUCAUUGGCUGUAUGCUGCUGUUCUUCAUACAGAGAACCUGCCACCCUAAGAGAGUGCUUAUGAGCAUUUACAACAGACCGUUUUCAGAACAGAAGCGACCACAUCGUUCAGCAGGUCACGAGGACGCAACAGAAGACUUUGGCAUCUACGAGUUUGUCUCCAUACCCGGUAAAAUGGAAUCUGCGCAGCCAUCAUGCAGAUCUCUGGCUCGCCUCGAGUCGCUUCAGGAUAUGCACACCACCAUCUACGAUGUGAUCAGACACGUUCCUGAAACCCCCAGUCACAGUUUGCUGAUGUAACCGAAGAGAGUCGAGAUGUAACCUAACAGUCGUUUCACUUGAAGACUUGUGUGUAGCUUUAUUCUUUUAAGUCUCUGUUACCAAAGCCUGACGCACUGGUUUUGGAGCCCUGUUUUUUUUUUUUUUUUUUUAAUUACUGUUAUUAUUUUUUAUUUUUUUUUGCACAAGGGAUGAAGGAGACUCGUGUGAGUACACAACCUGAUCAUGCACUGUUUUUUUGUGGAGAGCUUGGGUCAGUAGUUAAAUGUCGAUUGCUGACUUUACUGUGAGUUGAUAAUGCAUUCGUGGCUUUGUUUUUUUGUUUUUAAUGCUGAAGUCCAACUGAAGUCUUAACGUUUCCGCUUUUCUCGGUUCAAAUGUGAAGCUCGUGUUAAACCAAGCAAGUCAGUGGUUUCCACUUUUACAUUGUUUUAAAAAUGUUAUGAUAGACCUACAAGGUGCCCGGAUUCCCACACUGCGAUAACUAUUUAAACCACAGAUUUAAUUUAAACGUUUAAUUUAUAAAUGAGAAUAUAUAUAACAUUCCCUGUUGAGAGUAUGCUUUGAGAGAAGUGUUAAAAUGAAUGCAUUUCUUUGUAUGGAAUAUAUUCAGGUUAAUUGUAAAUACUGUACAUGGAUUAUUCUGCAGAUUCUUUAUACAUAUUCUAUUUCUAUGUUCUGCUCUAUUUAUUCCUAUAGAAACUCUUGACCCCCCCCCCCCCCCCAAAUGUAGCAUUUUCUUCUGCUCAUUAUGGAAAUGAUGAAUACAUCAAAAGUUAUUGUACAGUUUGCAUCCACAUGUUUGUUUUGUACUUUAUUAAAGAUAUAACUGUUUACUA